AUGGAAAGAGACUCCAAUGAAACGGAAGAGCAAGAGGAUAAUGAUAGGAGCAGUGUUUUGCCAAUAUACUCAGCAGCUCGAUCUGAGCAAGACAUGUCUGCUAUGGUUUCUGUGCUCUCUCAAGUUAUUGGAAACUCUUCUUCUUCUGUUGAUUCCUCCUUGCAUGUUAAUCCACUAACCCUAACUCCUCAAUCCACUGCUACACUUCAGCAAAACCAAUCUCAAUCAUCUAUUCAAGCUCAAGGGAAUUCGAGUAGAAGGCGGUAUAGAGGAGUUCGGCAAAGACCAUGGGGUAAAUGGGCGGCCGAAAUCCGUGACCCAAAGAAAGCUGCUAGAGUUUGGCUUGGUACAUUUGAAACUGCUGAAGCUGCAGCACUUGCUUAUGAUGACGCUGCUCUCAAAUUCAAAGGCAACAAAGCUAAACUCAAUUUUCCUGAAAGAGUUCAAGGCAAAACUCAAUUCCAAUACCUUACUACUACUACACAAAAUAAUAAGCACUUGACUAAUAUUGUUCCUCAACAACAACAAUUUCCAGCUGCCACAUCUUCAAAUAAUCAUCUUUUGAUCCCUUCUAAUUUUCAGUCUUAUUACCCUAAUGUUGACCAAUAUGCUGAGCUACUUCGUAGUGAUAAUAAUGUUACUGAUUUGAACUUCAAUUUCUCGCCUAGUUGCUAUGAAUAUUCAUCAUCUGGCUCUUUUGAUUUUUCUCAAUCAUCGUGUAACACAUCAGUGGAAUUGCCAGCAUCAAAUGAGGAGCAAGAACUAAGUAAUUAUUAUCAGCAAAUUGGAAAUUCUAGUUCAAGUUGUGGACCGGAUGAAAGUAACUGGGAAGAGUUUGAACACGGAAAGUAACUUCAAUAUUCUAUACUAGGAGAUGACAUGCCAAUGAUGAUCGAUGUUGGUAUCAGAGAAAGCAGAAGUCAUGAGUUCGAGUUUCACCGUCACUACUUAUCAAAAUGGAUUUUCAUGUGCUUGGCCUAUGAAAAAGAAUCAGGUCUGCACGUCAGUGUGCUCUUUUAGUCUGUCUAACUAUUUUAGCUUUUAGAUGAGAUAGUCACGUAUUUUAUGGUUUUAUAGUGGGGCUCUUGAUUUUUGUUUUUUUGUUUUUUUUUGUCUUUUAGUUUAUUUUAACUUCAGAGAAACUUUUAGCGCUAUUUACUAUGAACAAUAUGUUGUCAUGGAUUAAUGGAAAAUACGCAUGGUGUGAUUUUAUGUGUUAAAGGUUCAGCUUCAAGUUCUUCACUGGCCUGCCCAAUUUAUGAAAAGGGAAGUUACA